AAAUUCUAAUAAAACCGCUCGCAUAACUUACAUUUCAAAUAUCAUCAUUUCAAGCAUUUGAUCUCACUCAUAACUACUAGAAUUAAACCGAAAAUACUUACGAUUUGUAAUAGUGUAUUUCGAACUUUGUUUUGUAUUCCGAACGUUGUGCUGAUAUCAUUAAUAAUACCCACGCAGAUUACAGGUACGAGACACGAAUACUAUUUAGUAUGUAUUGUUAUCACAUAAUUCAUUGAAAGGUUUGAAAACGAUGUACCAAGAAACAGUCUUCUCAAUUAACAGUUUUAUGCAAGUAGUUCAUACUUUGGCUGUUUUAGGUCUCCUUUGAAACUGACUACCAGAGGAAGCCAGUCUGUGCUAAGAGGAAAUUACAAUUUCAGCUGCUUGAAUAUUAACAAAACAUAACAGUUCGUCUUAAAUUGCUAAACAUACGUAAUGUUAAUUACUACUUGUCAGCAUUUUUUGAACGAUGAGUCGAUAUUUAGCUUCAGUAAAACCCAAAAUGUCUGUGUGUGUAUGUAUUCGAAAUAAAAAUCUCUCGGUCCCAUAGUUCCCGACUAUUGAAUUAUUUCCGGAUCGAACUUCCGGUUCGGGAGUAACAGGGUAAAAUGAGCAAAAAAAUUUAUACGUUUCACUCGGUUUUCUCAGAGACCGCUUACCUGAUUUUCGAGAACUUAGAUUCAAAUCAGAGGCCCUAUCGUCCCAUAGCUUGCAUUUGAAUUCAAUCCGCAUCCGACUUCCGGUUUCGGAGUAACGGGGCGAAAUUUGAAUUUUACAGGUGACUUAAUCCCUCAUACGAUGUAAUUCAUAAAGACCUAAUUUGUCAAAUGACGGAAAAUUUUAUUUGUAAUGACUUAAUAUUAGAUGAGCUUGAAUUUCACUGGUUUCGGCUGUAACUUGCGUUCUGCUAGCAGGUUCGACUGUAUAAAUUUAAAUGCACCUUUUACCAGGCAAGCAGAUGCAUGCUUCUGUGGCUCAGUCGAUUAACAGACGUACAUGUGAUCCAAUGAUUCUCGGUUCAAGUUGCGGUGGUUGCUAUCAGUAUUCUUUUUUUUUUAUUUCAAUGAAUUUCAUGUCAUGGAGUUUUAGACACAAUAGUAAAUGUUCUUCGACGUAAAUUUACGUGAACUGCAACACUCCAUUUAUGUGCAUUUAACAAGAUGUAAAAUCACAGGGUUUUUUCAAGUGUGUGUGUGUACCGGGUUUUCGUUCCCGGUACCGAAAAUUCCCGGAAAAAAUGAAUGAUCCAAACCAGAAAUUAUUUCAAUUUCUCAGAAACCACAGGACUGAUUUUCACAAACUUAGAUUCAACUAUUAUUUUUUCAUAAGUUGGUGUAGCAUUUGGUUCGGAUCAAACCGGCUCCGGGUAUACAGGGUUAAAUGUGCAUGAAAUUACCGUGAUUUAGAACAUGCUAAUGCAAAAAAUUGAUUUUUUAAGAUGCGGCUCAAAAAGAUGUCAGUUUAUAAGUUAUGAUCAGUUAUGACUCGAAGAAAAUGUUUUUCGCAGAGUAAUAUUAUUGAAAACAUGAGUUAUAUGAGGAAGCCAUCAUUACUCCACUAGGUGGAUGGAAAUCAAUGUUUAUGUUCUUCACCAGUUUUGCCGUAUGAACGUUGCAAUGUUGCCUUGUUGCAAAACUAAUUCUCUAUAUUUUCAGGUCAAUUCCGGCCGCUCUUCGACCAACGAUUAUUCAUAUAGAAAAAUUGUUGCCGGUUGCUAUCUUUUCACCGAGUUACAAUAAAUUGUAACACACCACAAAGCAGUGGUUUCACCAAAAACAGAGUAUUGUCUUACGGCCAAUGCGAUUCGCCAUUCCAAUUGAUUGCCCGGCUGAAUCCAAUCAAUUUCCGUCUCGGGUUAAUUCAUUGUAAAAGAGAUUUCUUCUUGAACCCUUGAAGUAGCAUUUCUCGUCUCGAACGGGUUUUCGAUUUUUCAUUUGUUUAUAGUUCAAUCAGUGAGGCAACAAGUUUCCAUUUUUUCCUACUCAGGAAGUUCCCCAUGUUUGUAAAGGGUUAGGGUCAUUUCGCCGAAAGCCAUUCUGCCGAAAGCGGUUUCGCAGAAAGCCAUUUCGCCGAAAAGGUCAUUUCGUCGAACCAGGACAUUUCACCGAAUGUGGCUUUAGCUGCUCUUUUCUUUUGGUGAAAUAAUGUGAUAACAGAGCUAAACAACUAUGCCGCUUUUAUUUUGACGAAAUGUGAAAUGUUUUCGUUUGUGACAUUAGUUUAGACAUUGCACUUCGAAGCAAUUUAAAAAGCUGCUGUUUAACUCAAGCAGAGUUGCUAAGUCGCACCAGAGUCCAAGACGGAACGUGUCAUCUCACAGUCAAACUGCCAAACACCAACAUGUAACGCAGGUAUAUUUCAGAAGAAUUCAAAACGGUUAGAAUAAAGGCUGUUGCUCACGUUAAUAGGAGAAUUCUAAUACCCUAGAUAUUUAUACACAUCCCUGAGCUUGCACGAUCGUUAAAUAAAUAUUCAUUUACGGAUCAUAGAAACACAUUUCUUCUCCUAUUAACCAAAUCCUAAUGUGUAAAAUGGGAAGAAAAGGCGAAAGGUUUUAUUUUCUCACGAUGAAAUGGUUUCAAGAGAAGUUUCAACGAACAUAUUGACUAACAGGCCAUUAAAAUGACAUCAAAAUGCUCUUCGGAGCCGAAUAUAGUCACCCAAUAUUAUAACCGUGACCAGCAUCCUAGUGCGAGUAGAAGUAUGAGAAACUGGCGAUUCCGAGGAUGGAGGCAGAUAGAGCAAGUCCAUAAAAUCUAUUAAAUUGCCUUUCAUGUGCAAACUCUACUGAAUCUUGUUCCUAAGGAAUCAAAAGAAUAUAAAAUAUGAAGGGAAACAAGUGCCAUUAUAACUAAAUGCCACAUAAAAUCCGUGUCCCGGCUGAGUUGGAGCAUUAAUAUGUGAUAAUAUGUACAUAUUAUAAAGUUAUAGUCUCAAGCGCAAUACUUUCAUUGAAUCUUAAGAAGUUUUCAUUGUCAUUACGUAUGUCAUAAAAUAUAUAACCUAAUUUACAUACGGUGAACGGCUGUACCUCCUGUGGUGAAAUCUGCGUUAAUAUCGUUGAAAAUGUACGCUCGUAAAUCCUCCAACAAUUGUGCCAAUCUAGCGUCCCGCAGGAUUAGGGACUUUAUCCGUAAAUAUUUCAUCGAUUUCUGUCGUUCCGGGAACAUCAAUUCGCAAAAUUUCCAUGUUUCAUUUUUUUCGCCAAAACCAAAAACCGAAAACACGUUCCGUCGCAUCGAUUGCCAGCCAACAAUCGUGCAUUUAUUAAUACUUUAAAAUAUGCCUUGAUCAAACGUAGACGUGCUUUGCAUAGGAUCAACCGAUGAUCGACCGACCGCAGGGUUUCAUUCUUCCGCUGGUCACCAUCCAGCCCAAAGAUUCCGCACGAUCCCACCUGAUUACACCGACUAAUGGCAAUGGUAAUCGACCAGUUGUCAAACGUUAUUAUCGGCCAGGCAUGAAUGAAUUCAUUUCACUCGUGGGUCGCGGGCGCCGCGUGUCGCCACGAAAGUUGAUUAGAAGUAGGAGAUAGAAAAGGAAAAACUCUAGCUAGUAUUCUUAAACGGCAGCAGUUUAUCAAACCCAGCGGAAUCCGUUUGAACAAAAGCAGAGUAACGUAUCGAACAAAACCUGAACCCAGCCCAAAACAAUCAAUCGGAAGAGCAGUGACAUUGAUUAAAUUACAUACACGCCUGACCUGGGCGUUCCGGUUUCAAUCGACGGCCAGCGGACAAAGCACCAUUUUAUCCACGAAGGCAUGGCUUGCUUUAGAGUCCUGUGUUUUCCAAUAAGCAGAGCAAUGUUCGUUUUUGUAGUACUUCUGUGUCUGUCAGAAGUGCGCUCAGCCGCCGCACCGCACGUUCGAGAUCCGAGCUACAGCUCCACCAGAAGGCACAGCAGUGAACAGCACAGCGCCAAUUUCAGCAGGAACCUCCAGCACGGUAUAAAUCAUGGUCGGGCAAGUCGUAGUAGCCGCCACUACAACAACGCUGGCGCCACCGGUCGCACCGGCAACGAUCUCGUCCCGAUAGGCGGCACCAAAGCAGUCGAUCGGUACGGAUCAAGUAAAACCCAGUACAUGUACGAACACAUUCAGAGUGGGUCAAUAUCGCUACCGAAGGGGGGACGCGCGUUCCUCGAGCCGGACCAGAACAGAACUUUGGCGUACACGGCCAAGCUGGACACUACGGUGUACCGCCAGAAACCCCCGUUGCACAACAGGAACCGUAACCAACGUCAACGCCACACGGACAGUUGGUCAGCUAAUCGCCGGUCGCACGACUCUAGCGUUAAAUCAACCGUUGUCAACGGACUAUGCAUCAAGUGUCCCGCUGAGAAAACGGCGAUAGCACGCAAAGGCCUGGACGGUGUGCUGAUCGAACCACCGAUGCUGACAACAUGUCGCAAUCAACCGAUCUCGCGUGACCUGUACGAACUGGAAACGCUGUUCGGAACCAAGUUCAACUUCAUCCUGCCACACUCGAACGGUGCUGGACCGUUUUCCUUUCUGGCCAAGGUUAUCAACAAACGCACUGGGAAGUCGAUACUGACGUGCGAGCUGCGCUACAAGGUCAUUGUCAAACAAUGCGGACGGUAUCAUCCGAAAAAUAAGGACCUGAAAAUGGCUUGCGACUUAGGGCACAUAUGGGGAUCCAAAUGUACCUUCCACUGUCGAAACGAUGGCUUUUUGAGCAAACAGAACGCGUAUGUGGAGUGCACCGAGGAUCAAACCUGGGAAGGUGACGAACCGUAUUGCGUCUACAAUGAUGUAUCGGAUGAUUACGCAUACGACAGUGACACUGCCUCUAGAUCGGACUGCACCUAUCUGAUUCCACCGAACAAUGGACGAUUUGCGUGCGAAUUGAAACCUAGUACCGAAACCUCGAAUGACCUGUACGUCCCCAAUGGGACAAUGUGUCGAAUCCGGUGCAAUGACCAUUACGAUAUCCCAGCCCAUCUUCGAGCGGCAUCCGUGUUCGGUUGCCACGAAGGGCGCUGGAACUCGACGAUGAAGCCUUUCUGUCACAAAGUAGGUAGUGGAAUACAUCCCAAACGAAGAUAUGGAUAGGCCUAAUAGUGUACGAAUACGAAAUACUGUUUAGUUCUUCCCGGGUAGAAUUCUUACAAUAAGUCUUCCACGAUCAGAAAGUUGUUCUACGGCUUCGAUACUAAAGCGAUUUUGUAUGUGAAUGUAUGGAUGUGAACGAUAUUUCAUUAAUAAAUCUACUUACGAGUACGAGGAUAACAUUUAUUUAUGCGGCUUUGAGGGAGGAAAACAUUGAAUCGUUUAACUACCAAAUGAUUAAAUUCAAUGGGAGUGUUAUUAAACAAAAUAGCUAAUAUUAUCUCAUACGUUACGAUUGCUAAGAGCAUUUCUUGUUAAAAAUGAUUUGUUUUCUACCAAACAUGACACUGUUUACAUAGCUCGUAACGCAUUUUUAGUUAAAAAUAAAUAGCGAGCUUAUUUUGUAACAAUAAUAAAUACGCCAUAUUUAUCAAAAA